AUGGCCGCGGAAAUGACGGAUCUAAAGCAGCCUCAACCAGUCGCUGAAUGCCGAUGUUUUGCGACUCUCGAACAAGACGCAGGACAUGAGGGUGAAGCUAAAGAAGGCCAAGUUCGACGCGACGACCAUGAGUAUACGCAAGCAACGCCUCCAGAAAGACCUCGCCGUCGCCAAUGGAAAGCUGAACCUUUUCUCGAGAAGCAGAUGCCCUACGACGCCCUCGCUCGCGACGAGACUGAAGAUGGCCUGGCCUUGGUCAAAAGAAAACCAGAGAAUACCAAAAAGCAAAGGAAAAAGCUUGACCAAACCAAGGGCAAGGUCGCGGCGAAGGAUGAGGCGCCUAUGGCCGCCAUGGAGAAGGGCCCAGAGGACGAGAUUAAGCGCCUCACAAGGUCGCUCGAGGAGAAGUACAAAGAAACACAGGAGCGGGAGAUCAAGAUGGGAGAACUGCGAGCAAGAAUCGAGAGCAACGCGCAUGAGCAGGAAAUCGGGGGCCUGUAUGGGGUCACACGCGACCAAAAAGCUGAGAUCCGGCGGCAGCGGCAGAAUGAGCAGACAAUGCGGGCCGAGGCGGAUCGGCAAGGAACCAUAGCGGCCGAGAGUCAGGAGAGGCCGUGGGGAAAGGAGUACCAGGUGCUCGAGCUCGAGCGGAUCCGGACGCGUGCCAACCUCAAGUUGAUCGGGAGCGGCAUCAUCGUGAUAGAGGCGUUGGUCCACGACACAGCCCUGCUGAUGCAGCACGUGCUUAUGACGGUGACCGGGCGGCUGGACGGCAUCGACAGCGCGGCCUCGGCGAACCGCGCAUUCGAUGAGAUCGACGUCUUCCUCGAGAAGGUCACGGCCACACGCUGA